UUACGACUUGGGGGCAAAUCGUGGACAGCCCAACGACCCUGACAUACCAGACGAAAUGGUACCUGGCGAUAGGUACCUACCUACCUUAUCCACAACAUCAUCAACAUCCCUGUCUGAGGCUCGUUCUAGUCCUCGACACACAUACAUCCCAGAUAGGAAGCGGCUUCGUAUAAUACUUCAUGAUUUCCCCAUCUCCAGUUUUCCAAAUACAUAACAAAGACAUCGCUCAUCUUCAAGCUCUUGGAACAUCUCCUUCACGGGACACUCCUCUAAAUCAUCUUCAUCAUCUCACCUCUACAAGCUCAUCAUCUUCGUCUUGCUGCUGCUCCUCAAAUACUCUAGUUCCCAGGACCUCAGCCACUUAAACCUACUGCACCGCCAGCUAUCGAUAUACAGUCAAAGUCAGGGUUUCUUCUUGCCUUGCUUCUUGGCACCACCGCUGCUGCUCUUGCUGUUACUUUUACUAUCGCCAGUCGCAUCAAUGCUCGCAAGGAGGGGUCAUUCACAGUCCGCACUGCAGAGCGAUAAGAAGCUGCAGGAGAUCCACAGUAUCAACCACUUCUCGACCGCGUCGGACCUGACGCCAACCGCCUCCAUGAUGGGUCAAAUCAGUCCGCUUCUCCAGCUACCUUCACCACCGGCUGGCUCAUAUAACAACUAUCUUUACGCCGACCCGGACCACUACAUUGAUGCCCAGACCUCAGCAUCUCAAAGCCCCAUAAACUCACAAUAUGACAUGUCGUCCUACGUCCAAGAUUUCUGCCUCGGAGAUGUUUAUCCCAGCCCCGAAGGCGACUGCGAUGCCGAAUCUCCACAGCCACUUGAAGGGUCAUCUACAUCACCAUCAGCGACCCCAGAUGCAAAGGCACCCGCAAAGAGGAAACGGGAGAACCGCUACAAGAACGCGCCUCCUUCAGUGCUAUCGCGCCGGAGAGCUCAGAACCGAGCAUCACAGCGCGCCUACCGCGAGCGCAAGGAUCAACGCAUAAAGGACCUUGAGCAGAUGCUCAACGACUCAAAACAGCGCAACGACCUUCUCAGUCAAGCCUACCAGAACCUCCACGGCGAAUACACCAAGCUGAGGACAGCACAAGAGCUCAUCGGCGCCGACCGGAAUACAGCAGCGGCCUCAUACGACUUUUCAUCUUUCGACCCCAGCUCCUUUGACCUGUCGUCAAUUUUGGGACCGGCGCCCACCACAAGGGGAAUUGACAUUGGGCUGUAUGCCUACCCAGAUAUUACGAGCUAUGGCCACAUCUGAUGUCGACCUUUUUGGUCCCAUGACUACACUAUCUGGUGGGGAGGACGGCCAAUCAAUCGCCCUCCACUGGUUUCUGCAUCUUAUCAUUUGGUUCGGGAACUCUGUUCCGCAUCCUAGCAGAAAAGCAGCAUGGGGCCUUGGGGGUCCUCUUCCCGGUUGUCACAUUAUGCUUCGUUCUCAUUACGGUCGGCGUUAUGGGGGGUUUCUUUUUUUUGGGGCAUCUAGAUACUCAGCAUGGCAUUGGUUCUCAGGGAUCAUCUUUGAUUUUUUACCAACACUCUUUUUUUUUCUUUUUUGUCAUGGUUAUUGAAAAACAGCACCAGCAUUUUGUCAUAACCCGCCAGCCCUUUCAGUCAAGGCAGACGCGGAUAGGGGGAGCAUUAGAUGGGAUGGAACAGUGCUUUUGGGAGGAUAACGGCGUGUGUCUCAUCACCUCGACAGCGAAACCUCGAGGGGUUCAUUUUGGGGCGGUUUACCGUUGUUAAAAACAUGAAUAUGGCAGUAGUGGCUACCUUUCAGCAGUUUUGUAUCUAUUUAAUUAUAUUUGCAUACUUCUUUGUCA